GUUCCGGCUCCGACUCCGCUCUCCCCGGCAGCCUGACUCUCUUCCAGGAGUGCAGACAGCCUCGGACCCCAGCUCCCGGGACGAGGGGUGCGCGGGAGCCGGAGCGAGGAACCAGCAGGGGGCGUCCCGCAGCCGAGACCCCGGCCUCGGACCCGGGACCGGCCAGCGCGCUCUCGCCGCCAGGGGGCGCUGCGGGACUGCCCCGGCCCGGGCGCCCCUUCCGCGGCCGGGGAGGGCGGCGGAGCUGGGGCAACGGCCGCGCCUGGGGCCAUGCGGGGCCAGGCCCGGAAGGAGAGUCUGUCCGAUUCCCGCGACCUGGACGGCUCCUACGAUCAGCUCACGGGGAACCCACCCAGGCCCACUAAAAAAGCGCUGAAGCAGCGAUUCCUCAAACUGCUGCCGUGCUGUGGCCCCCAGGCCCUGCCCUCAGUCAGCGAAAGCAAGUGCCCCCCCUCCUCUCCUUUUGUCCCGGGGAGUGUGGGGGGGAGAUCCAUGGGGAGAGAUAGCGUAGAGGAUGAGUUUGAAUUGUCCACUGUGUGUCACCGGCCCGAGGGGCUGGAACAGCUGCAGGAACAGACCAAGUUCACCCGAAAGGAGUUGCAGGUCCUUUACAGGGGCUUCAAGAACGAAUGCCCCAGCGGCAUCGUUAACGAGGAGAACUUCAAGCAGAUUUACUCUCAAUUCUUUCCCCAGGGAGACUCCAGCACUUAUGCCACCUUCCUCUUCAAUGCCUUUGACACCAAUCAUGAUGGUUCUGUCAGCUUUGAGGAUUUUGUAGCUGGUCUGUCAGUGAUUCUCCGAGGAACCAUAGAUGAUCGGCUCAAUUGGGCCUUCAACCUGUAUGACCUCAACAAGGACGGCUGCAUCACCAAGGAGGAAAUGCUGGACAUCAUGAAGUCCAUCUACGACAUGAUGGGCAAGUAUACUUAUCCUGCCCUUCGAGAGGAGGCACCAAGAGAACAUGUGGAGAACUUCUUCCAGAAGAUGGACAGAAACAAAGAUGGUGUGGUGACCAUUGAAGAGUUCAUUGAAUCCUGCCAGAAGGAUGAGAACAUCAUGCGUUCCAUGCAGCUCUUUGACGACGUCAUCUAGCUUGAUAUAAAGAAGGGUUUUCAUGUGCUGGGGGAAGCUCCUGGGCCUCCCUGCCCAGAUGGACCUCACUCUUCUUUUCCCAAGUCUAUCUCCAGCCCCUAUCCUGUGCCAGCAGGGGCCCAGGAAACCCCCAGGGGUUGCUAGGAGACCAUGCUUAGGGGACUGUGACCCCUUUGGGGUAUCUGGGUUCUGAGGUAAAAGAGGGUGUGUGGCUAGAGGCUGGGAAAUAGGGCAGAAUCCUGAAGUAGUAUUUGGAAGGGUCCAAGGCUCCCAAAUAGCUACCCAGGUCCCCAAUCUAUUCCACAUGCUGUGAGCCUAUUGCCCCUGCCUUAGGGUUUAAUGUAGGAACCAAAUAAUUUCCCCCAUUCCCAUUGUACUCAUACAGUAGAAGCCAACAAUGACCCUGCUGUGGUGCUUCCCCAAACCAACCAAUCUCACAGGGACCUCCCCACUGGGCACUUUCAGAGGAACCUCUAUGAAAUCCUAAUAGUAAGGGGACUCAGACUAUAGCCUAGGAUCUAAGCUAGCCCAUCAGGGUCCUCUGUAGUGGAGGUUAAAAAUUAACCCCAAGAAGCCUCCUUGCUCCUUUAGGGGACCUGAUUGGGAAUACUCUGUCUUUUAGAGAACCUCUGAUCCCUGCCUCUCUGGAAAGAAGAGGUGGGAAAUCCUCAAAGGUCCUAUAAUAUACAUGCAUGGGAAGAUAUGCCCUCUUGGACAGGAACCUGGGAUUCUGGAUACCUAUAUUUCCUGUUUUGAUAUUCUCCUAGGAUUCUCCAUGUAUUUCUUCUUCCCUCUGUUUCCCUGGGUAUGAUGGUGGUGAGUGUAGGGGUAAGGGUACUACAGACAAAAAAAGGUCUAGGAAUGACCAAGCAGGAGUCCACUGAGGUCCUCUUGCCUCUUCCUGUAUCCUUUCCUGUCAGAUUUACACAUUUUUACAGGACCAACUAGUGGAGAACAUUCCCUAAGUCCUAGGGAUGACCUAAGGAGACAGGGGAAGACAGUCAAGGCCUUUCAGAAUUUGAGAUCCCAAAAUAAACACUAUCACAGAAUUAGAGAUGCCAAAGCUGGGUGUAUGGGGCUGAAGGGGUAUGUAUGCAGCAUUAUCAGUGGGACCCUCAUUCUUAUUGCUUGUCCACUCCUCUCCAGCACAGCUCAAUUGCUUCCUUCCCAAGGAUCUGCUCUACUGCUUUGCCUUUUAGGAGUCAGGGAGCCCUAAUAUUCUCAACAGGAAACUCUUGUUGCCCCAUCACAUCCUACUUAGAAAGUUUCUUCCCCCAUCCCCAAACUCCUCAGGCAUCCUCCCUUCUGAUACAUGGGAAGAAAGGAAUCUGCAAGCCCUGGCCUUGCCCCUAUCUCUGGACCUCCACUCCUACAAUGUCUCAACUUGUCCUGGGUAGCUCUGCCCUCUCCGCCAGCAGUGAUCUGAGGGGUUGGGGGGAAAAUAGCCUCCUUCCUCCCCUGACAGAGACUUGGUUGUUACUGCUUUGCAUUUUCAACUCUUGUGUAUAUUUUGUAAAAUUAGGAACCCAGAGAAUCCAAUAAAACACAAUGGCUAUGCAUA